AAAUACGCCAAGAAGUUCUUGACACUCCCUGAUGAGCUCCUCACAAACAUCUCCGAGAACGUUGCUCCUAAGGACUUGCCUAACUUCCGCCUUACUUGCAAGACUCUGGCCAACAUCGCCGCGAAGCACUUUGGAGAAAAGAGACUCGCCCAUCGCCGCUUUAUCUUUACGUGGUACAGUCUCAAAGGCUUGAUCGACAUGACUGCCCAUCCAGUCUUC